AUGAGUGAUUUCAGAUUCAAAACAACCGUCGAACCGAAAAUCCUCCACCAAGUUUUCGCCGUGUGCGGCUCCGAAUGGGGCCAGCCAGACCCAGAAGCGUUUGCUGAGUUUCAGACAAAGCUUCUUGUGGACGCCAUUUUGAAGGGCAGAGCUGCCAAGGCGUUCUAUUUGGAGUCCAAGGAAGGAGAAAUCGCUUGUGUAUGUGUGGUGACCCAGCAUAAAGGGUUUUAUAAGGAUUCGGGUACUGGCGGUAUUGGAGUGCCAGAUCCAGCUGCUUUUGGAGUGAACCCAGCCACAGGCCUUAGAUUGAGUUAUGUGUUUACUUUGGCCAAGUUCAGGGGCUUGGGGUUGAUGGGGAAGCUUGUGAAGAAGGCAAUUGACGUCACUGAGGAGGAGAUCUUGAAGAAGGAGCUCGAUAAGCUGAGUGAUAAGAAGGGCAGCUUUAGAGAUAUGGUGACGGACCUGACGGGCCGCGUAGACCCUCAAUUGGCGAAGUAUUACCUUGGAAAGAAGUACUUUUGGUACUUGUACUCGGCGAUCAAGUCGGCGUACAGUCAGUUUGGGUUUAAGCCGUAUGUUGCUGAUGGAUAUAUCAUUCCUAGAUCUGUUUUGGACAGCGAGGCUGCCAGUCUCGUGCAAAAGCUUCUUGACCAGGGCAGCGGUGUUUCUGAGCACGUUCCAGGCAAGAAACUUACGUUGUUGGACGGCUCGAAGCCUUUAGAUGAGAACUUGAUUGCGCUGAUCUUGCAGCUGCGUGAGUUGGACUUGUUGACCGACUUGAACAAGACUCUUUUCCAUUCGGAAUUGUCUGGCGGGCGCAGGUCGCUGUCGUCGCUUACCAACGUGCAAACGGCUCUUUCUCUGACGAAAUUGUUGGGUUCACAAAAUGAGCUUUCUUCUGUUGCUGAACAAAUGAGUGCUGCUCAGAUCGAUCCCAACGCUCCAAAAGAUCCCGGCCUCCGUAAGAAAUCGUCUAUGCAAAACCUUACUUUGCCUAAAUUCUUCUUGCAGCCCGAUGUGUCCAACGUCCGCAAGCAUCAUGCUGCAGACGAGCCCAGAACAAAGAAGAAGAGCGGCGACCUUGACUACGCCAGGAUCAAGGGUGCUGUGUUGACCAACGAAUUGCAGCAGAAGAGCUACUAUAUCUUGUGGUCGCUGAUCAUGGACGGUAAGACGUUUAUCAUCAGUCUGGGAGAGUUGAAGGUGGAUCCAUUCGGCAUGCCAGUUGAAGCAAAAGAAGAUAGACUGGGUAGAAGAAGAUCCUCUUUUACCGCCCUCAACGACUUGGGUGGCUUCAACUUACAGGACUUGGAGCUCUUGAUCAGUGCUGCUGUGCUUGUGGCUUACAAGCGUGAUCCAAACCUCGACAGAAUUUACGUCACCUCCCAGGACUUGCCUGACACGGUCCCCAGCUCUGUCUUGUACGACUUCUUCAUUAACUACUUGCCAAGAAGCGUUCCUAACGUGUUGAAGAAGGACGACGAAGGAGCUAAAGAAACCAAUACUGUGGAGUACGUGGAAGACUUUUCAGGUGAGCAGCACCUUUUGCCUAUGGCCAAGAGGUACGGUUACGAUUCCCCAGAGUUUGAGCUUGACUGGAUGGCCAGUGGCAGUAUCAUCACCUGGGGCUAG